GGAAACUCCCGGGCCGGGCUGAGCGCGGGGCGGGCUCUCCGGCUCCAGGCGGCGGCUCGCGCCUCCGCGCGCGCCUCGGAGCCCCGGAGCCUCCAAGCCCCAGUCGUUGGGCUCCAGCCCAGGGGUCCCAGCGCCCAGCGCGAGGCAAGAUGCUGAGGCGCAGUCUGGAAAACCGGGACGCUCAAACUAGACAACUGCAAGAUGCUGUCACAAAUGUGGAAAAGCAUUUCGGAGAGCUGUGCCAAAUCUUCGCUGCUUAUGUGCGGAAAACUGCCAGACUCCGAGACAAAGCAGACCUCCUAGUGAAUGAAAUCAACGCCUACGCCUCGACAGAAACCCCAAAUUUAAAGCAGGGCCUGAAAAACUUUGCAGACGAGUUUGCCAAACUUCAGGAUUAUCGACAAGCAGAGGUUGAAAGACUUGAAGCCAAAGUAGUUGAACCUUUGAAAGCUUAUGGAACCAUUGUAAAAAUGAAACGAGAUGACCUGAAAGCAACAUUAACAGCAAGAAACCGAGAAGCUAAGCAGUUGACUCAAUUAGAAAGAACUCGUCAGCGAAACCCUUCGGACCGACAUAUUAUUUCACAGGUGGGUAAAUGGUAUGUCAAGACAUGGAUCCUUACAGCAGAAACUGAAUUACAAAGAGCUACAAUGGAUGCUACCCGAACAACUCGCCAUCUGGAAGAAACUAUUGACAACUUUGAAAAACAGAAAAUAAAGGACAUAAAGACUGUAUUUUCAGAAUUUAUCACUAUUGAAAUGUUAUUUCAUGGCAAAGCUUUAGAAGUAUAUACUGCUGCCUUCCAAAACAUACAAAAGAUUAAUGAAGAUGAAGAUUUAGAGGUGUUCCGAAAUUCUGUGUAUCCAUCAGAUUAUUCAUCUCGCUUGGAUAUUGUAAGAGCAAAUUCAAAGUCACCUCUUCAGAGACCACUGUCAACUAAGUGUGUAUCUGGAACAGGACAGGUAUCCACCUGUCAGCUAAGAAAAGGCCAACAAGCAGAUGACGAAGAUGAAGACUCUGACAUUACAGAAGAGGAAAAUUAAUUUUAAAUAUAAUUAACAUUUCCAUUUUCAUUUUAAAUGGCUUGGAAUCCAGGAUUACUAAAUUGUGGAACUUUAUACUGAACUGAUACAUUAAACUUCAAAUGAAAUCUACUGAACAUAUGAGAAAAAAAUAAAGGAAAUACUGAUUUAAAAAAUAA